AAAUUCAUUUCAAUUUUUAUAAACAUAGCCAAAAACCCCAAAACCAUAAACCAAUCCCCAAGUGUAAAGCAAAAAGAGAGUUCCAGAAUAAGAAUCUUGAUUCAAUACCACAAAGAAAAAGAAAAGCAAACACAAGAAGUCAUCUCAUUUUAUAAACUCAAUUUGCAAGACCAAAGAAAGAAUUUUCUCUUCUUUCUAACAUCUCUUAUUGUUCUUUUGUCACCUCUUGAAAAUCACGAAGAGGAAAACUGUUAUCGGUAUUGAAAACGUCCUUUUUCUCAUUUUUUUUCUUGAAAGGUUGCCAUGGCAGAAGAAUUUCAACUAGGAAGUGGAAAUUGGUGGGAAAAUAGUGCAUCCACAUCGAGGAAUAGGUUCGAUAGUGGCUCAUCCAAUACUCCUACAACUUCCUCAUCCACUAGUAACUAUAGUAAUUGGCCGACAGAAACUCAUGUGGACAUCAAACCUAGGACUUUCUUGGACUCCGGGUCGGUGUUGGAAUCUUCUGGUGGCGGCGGAAUUGGUGGUGGAGGAGGAGGAGGUGGCGAUGGCGUUUUAUCUUCUCAUGAUUCCAAUUUCCAAAUUAUGGGCUUAGGCCUUACUUCUCAAGCACAUGAAUGGAACCACCAAUCUUUAUUGAGGGGUGAAAAAGCUGAGAGUGGGUUUUCUUCAUUACUUCAACAAGAAGACAUAAGUUCAAAUACAAAUAAGUAUCAACAAGAAGCUAAUUCUCAUGAUCAAGAUCAUCAUUGGAGUACUAGACAAAAAAUGUUAUAUUCUGGUAAUUCUGAGGAUUCUUCAUCACAAAUGAAUAAUAUUAGGGGAUUUUCAUUAGAUCAAAAUAAUCCAAUAUUUAGUCAUUCAUCAACAAGUACUAUGUCACAACAAGGAGGACUCUAUAAUAUUAAUCCAUCAAAUUAUGAAGUAGCUGAUAAUCAUCAAGUGAUGCAUUCAUCUACAACAAAUUCUUGGUCUAAAUUUCCUCAAUUUCUCCGAACAUCACCGCCGGAACAGCCGUUGCUACCGCCAUCGCCGUUGCCACCGCCUCAUAGCCAGCUGCAUUUCUCAAAUAAUACACCUUUUUGGAAUGCAAGUGCAGCUGCCAUGAAUGAUCUACCCUCAAGUCUAUUUCCUUCUAAUUUGCAUAAUCCACAACUUCCCAAUAACCCAAUAGUGGAUGAGAAAGCAAAGCAGAAUAUGGGAGAGGUUAGGGAAAUUAAAAUAUCAAAGAAAACUAGCAGUACUGAAACAUCAAAUAAAAGGCCAAGGAAUGAUCAAACUCCAUCUCCUUCGCCAGCUUUUAAGGUGAGGAAGGAGAAAAUGGGAGACAGAAUCACUGCACUUCAACAGCUAGUCUCACCUUUUGGAAAGACUGAUACAGCUUCUGUACUAUCAGAAGCAAUUGAGUACAUAAAGUUCCUCCAUGAUCAAAUUGGUGCAUUAAGCGCCCCAUACAUGAAAAAUGGAGCACCCAUGCAGCAUCAGCAGAGUGGUAAUAAAUUAUCCGAGGAUGCCUCAGAAGGAAGAAAUAAAGAUCUGAGAAGUAGAGGAUUAUGUUUGGUACCUAUUUCGAGCACUUUCCCAGUAACUCAUGAGACCAAUGUAGAUUUCUGGACACCUACUUUUGGAGCAACUUUCAGAUAAAACAGAGGUGGAUUCAAGAUUUAAAUGUGAUGAGUUCGAUCUUGAAAGUUCUUGUCACUGAACCUAUUGCAAUACUUCUGGCAUCACGGGUUCAAAAGUUAAUAUUUGUUAAAUUUAGUGAUUUUUUUCUCGUUUAAGCUAUAUACAUCAUUAGAGUAAGAAAUUUUACAUUAUUAGGUAAAAUUUACAUGUUAUAGCGGCCGGUUCAUUUUCAAGAUUACAAUUCUAAAUAAUGUAAAGUUUUAUUUA